AACCAAUGAAAAUAAGCCUUUUACCACACGGGGCCCGCCCACAAGCCGACUAACAAGCUAACUUGCCGAUUUGAGCUCCUGUUGAAGAAGCGGCGGUAGAGAUUUAAUCCAUCAAAUGGCGUUUAACAGUCGUAGUAACGGCAAAAUGUGGUGGAAUCCUGUCCUACUCAUCAACUGGGUUCUGGUACUUGGCCAGUUCUUAAAUGUGGAUGCGGUUCCUAUCAGUAUUGACAAAACCAAAAUCAAAGAACCAGACAUAAAAACUGAAGCAGCUCCGGCCAGUGUGGACACGGGCCUCCAUUAUGACCGCUACCUCAGGGAAGUCAUUGAUUUUCUGGAAAAAGAUCAACAUUUCAGAGAAAAACUUCAUAAUACAGACAUGGAGGACAUCAAGCAAGGUAAAUUAGCCAAAGAGCUGGACUUUGUCAGCCACCACGUCAGAACAAGUCUGGAUGAGUUGAAGAGGCAGGAAGUGAACCGACUCCGAACCCUGAUUAAGGCUCGGCAUGACAAGGAAGGUGGAAAUGACAUUGCGGUGGACCACCAGGCUCUGUUGAAACAGUUUGAAUACUUGAACCACAUGAAUCCACACACGUUUGAAGUGGACGACCUGGAUCGCCUCAUCAAAUCGGCCACCAACGACCUGGAGAACUUCGACAAAGAGCGUCACGAGGAGUUCAAGAGGUAUAAAAUGAUGAAGGACCACGACAGACGGGAGCACCUGAUGACGCUGGACGAGGAGCAACGCAAGCAAGAGGAGGAGCACUACGAGGAGCUGAGGAAAAAACACGCCGACCACCCCAAAGUCAACCACCCGGGAAGCGAGAAUCAACUCAAGGAAGUUUGGGAGGAAACCGAUGGCUUAGAUCCCGAGGAUUUUGACCCUAAAACGUUUUUUAAUUUGCACGACACCAACGGAGACGGGUUCUUUGACGAACAAGAACUGGAGUCGCUGUUCACUAAGGAGCUGGAGAAGAUCUACGAUCCCACCAACGAGGAAGACGACAUGGUGGAAAUGGAGGAGGAGCGUUUACGCAUGCGGGAACACGUCAUGAACGAGGUGGAUUCCAACAGAGACCGUCUGGUCUCCUUAGACGAGUUCCUGACCGCCACCAACAAGAAGGAAUUCUUGGAGCCCGACAGUUGGGAGACGUUGGAGCAGAACCAGGCCUACACGGACGAGGAGAUGAGGGAAUUCGAGGAGCACCUCGCUCGGCAGGAGCAGGACCUCCACCAUAAGGCCGCCGACCUCCAGAAGCAGCGAGACGAGCUGGAGAGACAACAGGAGCAGCUCAACGCGCAGAAAAUGGAGUUGCAGCAGGCUGUGGAUCACAUGGAACAGCUCAAGGCUCAAAAACUCCAACCCCCUCCUGAGGUCCAAGUUGAAGGAAACGACAUCCCAGAGAUCCACCAUCAAGACACGCUCCUCGUCCACGAACAGCAGCAGCAGCCCGACGAAGCCCCGCCUCAUCAAGACUCGUCUCUGGACCGCGACCAGCCAGGACAGGAUUUGCCACCAGGACACCAGGAAAUACCACAAGGAGAGAACCACCAGCCGUGAAGCCCAUGGCUGGCCGUUCUCCUCCACCGUGAUGAUGACGAUGAUGAUGAUGACGGUUGGUGCUUAGGAACACGCUCAGGACAGACCAUGAACACACCGUGCAGCGACGCCAUGGAUUUACCAGGACGACCACCAAUCACGGAGAAGCAUUUUAUAAACAUUGAGGGAAUCAGGGAAUUACCCACAACAUUUUUUUUUUUUUUUUUUAAACGCACAGGUGAGAUUGCCUGUCCUGUGCGGGUGAGCAAAUCAAGCGCUCCUCCAAUCUCCUGCCUGUGAUCGUUUUAACGCUCCAUCGUCGCUUCCCCCUGAGCUCACUUGUAAACAAACAUUCACUUGAAAAGGAAGAACUUGGUGGAAAAUGCUCCAUGGCGGGGCCGGGCGGGGGGGUUGUUGGGGGGUUUGGCGGGGAACGCCAGCGCUGCGGCGUUUGAAAAAAGUGAAAAAGAUUACCAGGAGACCUAUGUGGCGUCACACCAGCGUGUGCCCGAAUACGGUGCACCUUGCUGGGCUACGCCAGCGGCCUUCUCCUGCUCUAUACUCUGGUUCCCCUGAUAGUAGUAAUGUCAUAUUUGAUUAGGUACACUAAAUUUGAGUCUGUCUUACCUCCCAGAUGUGGAUCUAUCAUUUUAAUCUUGGGAAACAGAAAGUUAUCGGUGUCCGUUUGGGGGGGGGGCGGAUGCCAGCGCGGCCGUGUUUGAAAAAAAGUGAAAAAGGUUAACCAGGAGACCACACCAGCUGCACACCAGCGUGUGCCCGAAUACGGUGCACCUUGCUGGGCUACGCCAGCAGCCUCCUCCUGCUCUAUACUCUGGUUCCCCUGAUAGUAGUAAUAUUAGGGAAUUAAUAUGGAAUAUUGCGCAUUGCUUUUUCUGUCAUGUUAAUGAGCAACCUCAGUAUGCCCAAGUGUACCAAAUUUAGACUCGUCUUUCAAUGAAUUUAAUGACUUUUAAAGGACGUUUUCAAGUAAAAACAUGCUAGCACCAUUUCAUAAUGUAUAUACAGCUUUACAUUUCAAGUUUUUACUUAUUGAACAUUUCUUGAUUUGAUUAUAAAUGAUCAUUUUUAACUUGACUAAAACAAAAAGAUAUUUUUAUCGGACUGCCAAGAAUUAGCAUUGGGAGUUUUUUUGGGGGAUUUGGGGUGGAUCGUUUGGGCAAUAAAUUUGGUUUCCGUCACCUCAUCCCGACCACUUUAUAAGGAUAGUUGUCAAGUUUCUGUUUGUGUGCUUUUAGGUUGACAAAUUUUGACUUGACUUGAUCCCCCCGCUCCCCAAACAGCUUUUGUUUUUUUUUCUGUGCCGAGGUUUUGUUUGGCGAAUGACUGCAUAAUUAAAGUUUGCACAAUACAUUAUGUACACGUGGUUGUGAUAUUGCUCGCUGCUGGAUGGAAUUCCCAUUGUAUGUCGCUUUAAUGCCGCCGUUCCAAGUUAAUAAACCAGAGUACAAA